CGGGAUCCUUCAUUGGGUGUAGGUCGGAAAUCUUCUUCUCUCUGUCUCUUGCUCGGGCAGGUGGGUUGGUGGAUCUGGUGAUGGGUAGGUUUCUCGCAGCAAAUUAUGGUGGUGGCCAUAAUCCGGCGACGUUUGGCCUCAGCAAGUUCAUGGGCAUAGAGCCCAAGGUUUGCUGGGAGGUUGCUGGCGUCGGCGAGGUCGAGUUUCCGAGCAUAGAGACCGCCGGAUUCCUCGAAGACGGCGAGGCGUCGGCUGAUCGCUUGAUCUUGGAUUUGGACGACGAUGAUGAAGAGGAAGAAUCCGUGGCUUCUGGUGAGGAGAAAGCUGCCUUCUGGAAGAAGCAGCAGCUGCUACUAGAGGCUGCAUUGAGGCGAAGUAGCUCUUUUGAGAAAAGGGUUAGGCGAGACACGACCAAGGCGCUGGAGGACGCGCAACAGUCUCCUAGAUGCAUGUGCAAGAUCCCUGCGGCCGGCGGCUGCCGGAAUUGCUUACAGCAAGAUGUCGUCGAUCGUCUGCGAAAGGCCGGCCAUAAUGCCGCCGUAUGCCGAUCAAAGUGGAGGAGCUCGCCGGACAUUCCAGCAGGUGAGCACAGUUACAUUGAUGUGAUCGACAACGCCGAAAGGAAUGACGAUGGGGCAGCUGCACGUGUUGUGAUCGAAUUGGAUUUUCGCGCAGAGUUUGAGAUGGCCAGGGGAAGCAGCGAGUAUAAUCAACUAGUAAACCGGCUGCCGGAGGUGUUUGUGGGCAAACCUGAUCGCCUGAAAGAAGUCAUCAAGGCGGCCUGCUCGGCAGGGAAGAGGUGCAUGAAGGAGAAGAAGAUGCACUUGGGCCCAUGGAGAAGGCAGAAGUAUAUGCACGCCAAGUGGCUUGGUGCACAUGAGAGGAUCGAACCGGCCGGCCCAUUCUCGGCGCAUCUCUUGGAGAAGCAAUCGAAGAAGAAGAUGUCGAUGCUUACUUUCGAUUUGUCUAGAAAUUUGCCAAAUUUUGCAGUGGUAGAGGUUGUGUAAGUUGUUCGGGACUAAAAAUAUAUAUGGGCUAAAGCGAGCACCAAAAGUAAUCGGGAACAAAGUUUUGCGAAGAGAAGAAAAUGAACGGCGCACCGACUAAUAAUAGUGAGAAGCAAGUGAAACGCUAUGUAUAUUACCAUAUGAAAGUGCCCUUUAGAUCUCAAUGUUUUGAUUUGCUUUAGUCAAUGAAAUCAUCGAGAUAUGCCCUUAGAUCUCAAUGUUUUGAUUUUUUUAUGAAAUCAUAGGCAUGAUUUGACAAGAAAUCAACUUGUAGCACGACUUUAAAUAAAUAUUUUCUCACAACAAUGUAAAUGACAUCCACAUAAUGACCUAGCUAAAUUGAUUUAAAAACAUAUUAAUCUAAAACAUUGACAUUCGAUAGGCGCUUGUA